UAGUGUUUCUAAGACCCGUAUGUGUCACAUGGACAUCUGCAGCUGAUCCUGGAUCAGCUACAUUAACUCCGAGCCUCUCUUGACUUCCUUUAGCGAGGUCACGUCUUGUGGUAUAUCUGUACUGUAUAUGUGCGUGUGUAAAUUGGUAAAGACAGUGAGAAAGAAUGGAGGAAUUGGCAGAGUAUCAUGGCCCCAUCAGUAAGAGCCAAGUAGAAGAGAUCCUGAACGAAGCGGGCAGAGAUGGCAGCUAUCUGAUCAGAGACAGCAUGAGCGCAGCGGGCUCUUACUGCAUCUGUGUGCUGUGUGCUGGAUGGAUUUACACCUACAGAGUUUUCAAACGAAAGGACGGCCUUUGGACAAUAGAGGUGGCUCCCGGGAUGAAGGAACGACUCUUUCGAAAACUCAGUAACCUCAUUGAUGCCUUUAAGAUCCCGGACCAAGGCAUCUCAGUUCCUCUUCUGUAUCCUGUGAACAAACCUAAACAGUAACACACAAGUAAAAAAAACAAACAAACAAAAAAACACCUCACUGUUUUUACCUGCUGUAAAUGUAUGCAAGGGGUUUUCUAUGUAUGAGAAAAUACCCCUGAAUACAGGGGAGGAGGCUCUUAGUCUAAGGGUAGAGAUUUUGUAAAAAUGAUGUAAAUUGUAAAAAAAAUGUAUGUAAGUGUAUUAUAUAUAUCAGGAAGGAUCAAUAAUGGUUGUUGCCUUUUAAAUCAAUAUCAAUAUCAAAAUUGAAAAUAAUCAACAAGAUAAAAAUAAUUGUAAGAAAAAAAUGCCCUGCUAGAAUAUAUAUUAACCCUUGUGUGUCCCUUAUUUGUGAAUCACACUCAGGUUCCUUACAGUCAAAAGUGACUGGACACCUGAAAUGUAACUUAUUUUUUUCAGUAAAAUCAGUGUAAUACAUUUCUGUUCAAUGAAAAUAUCCAUUUCUCCCAUUGAUAAUAACAAUAAAAAAAGAUUUUUCAAUUAAUGCAGUAUUUCAGGUUAAAAUAGUGUCAAGUCCUUUAAAAUCCAUUUUUUUUUGAAGGCAGAUUAGCGCCAUCUGGUUAGAGGAUAGAAAGAAAACGUGUAAUACCAUGGUGUAACCACUAGAUGCAUGUACAGUUCUCUGUGGAGAGGCUUGUGAAUUCUCUAUUUGGUUUUGGACAUAUUGUGUGUGUGUGUGUGUGUGUGUGUGUGUGUGUGUGUGUAUUCAAGAGACACCUCGUGUGACUUUUGCAUUUUGGGUAUGUUACAAUGUCUCCCCUUACUUUUGAUUUAUUGAUUUUAUUUCACAUAUUCUCAAUUUUCAGUUAGUCUUACCAGUGAAUUUCUCUAUGUGUGUGUGUCUAUUUGCAAUCUUGAUGGUUUACAGUCUCCUUUCAUUGCUGUGUGCUUUUUUUCUUACAUUGUGGAUGACAUUGAUUCUAUUUCACACAUUUCCAAAAAUUUGCUGUUACAGUGGUACACCUUCAUUUGUGUGUGUGUGUGUGUGUCUGAUUUGCACUCUUGAUGUUUUAGAGAUUCAUCCCUUCACUAUUUUGUGCUUUUUCUGCAUUGUGGCUGCUUUGUAGAUUGUACAAACAAAAAAUUCUCUGUAUUUCAUAUUUUUGCCCAUUUCCUAUGGUUGGCCAAUUUUGACCGAAGACCCUGAGUGUGACUUUUUUUACAACCACUUAGCCUGUUCAAAUCAUGGCCUCAAUUUUUUUGUUCACAUUCCAAGUGCCAUAAAAGUCACCAAAUUUCGUACCAUUCCAAUGAAGUUGUUUAAAAAUAAAUAAAUCAAAAAUCAAAACUCUUCAGUCAAAAUUCUACAGUCAGAAGUGACCGGCCUCACUUAAAUAACUGUCCAUUCCUUACUGUAUGUUACAUUGUACAUAUCUCUACUGUGUACUGUCAGUCUGCCAACAAACUGUUUUCUUCAAUGUUUUUUUUUUUUUUUAAAGAACCACAUUGAAUUAGCUAUAGAUUCAACAAUAUUUAUUCAGACAGCAUCAUUAAAUAUAGAUAGCCAGCUAUAUAUCACUACAGAGAAACCCAGAGAGAAACUUUUCUGACCAUGAUUGCUAUCUUGUUUUCAGUCUUGUAAUGAGAGUUUAAUAAGUGUUUCUGUCUAAAACUGGUCUUUGCAAAUUCUACUUUUAGUGACUGUCUGAACUGUAAAACAAAACUGUUCUGUUCAUAUUUUAUACUGAAACUUCAUUUAGUGCCACGCUUCCUGCAAUAAUACUAUCACACUAACGUUAAAAACAAAAUUGUUUUGAUUUAAAAGAAUUUAUUGUAAUUAAAUUCAGAGCCUUUCUAGUGUUAUAAAUAAUAAAAAAAUAUGCACAAUUUACUUUUUUUUUCCCUCCACAGUCACAAAAAUGAUUUGCAGAAUAGAUAAUGUUCUAUGUGACUCUUUGUGAUUCUUUGAACUUAUAUAAAACAUUGAUUCCUCAGUGUUUGAAUGCUCCACCCUCUU